UCUGUUGAAACCUGUGGGUUUUUUUUAAGGAUACGACCGCAGGUAGCUCGAGAAAAGCUCCAGUUAUGUCGAGUUUGUGUUAUGGCAACUCCUGGGGAGCCUGAGAUCGUCAUUGGGGAAGAUCGUCGUUUUACAUUUGAUGGCGUCUUUGACCAAACUACUAGCCAAAGAACUGUUUAUGAAAAAUGCGUAGAGAAACUAAUUGAGGGCACUUUCGAUGGUUUUAAUGCUACAGUUCUUGCUUACGGUCAGACUGGAAGUGGUAAAACAUACACAAUGGGUACUGCUAUCGACGUUACGGGUGGUGUAAGCGAGAUGGAUAUUGGUAUCAUACCGCGUGCCAUGCAACAUCUUUUCGAUGGCAUUGAGUCACGUAAAGCUGUAGCACGUGAAGGCGGAUUAAUUGAGCCAAUAUUUGAUGUUGCCGUUCAGUUUAUUGAGUUGUAUAACGAGUGUAUAGUGGACCUUUUAUCCGAUGACCGGACCGGACCUGAGCCUCGUGUCCAUGAAGAUGCUAAUGGAGAAAUAUUUGUGCAGGGUGUUGCAAGCCGUACAGUAAACAGUCCUCACGAGACACUGGAGGUUUUAAAAAAUGGUGCGCUCAAUCGUACGACAGCGUCUACGAAUAUGAACGAGCAGUCCUCUCGUUCCCACGCAAUAUUUACCGUACUGAUAAAGCAACAGCGGGUUGUGUCUGCCGGUUCCAUGUCGGGUACAGCUAGCGAGUUUGAAGUACUCACAGCGAAAUUUCAUUUUGUUGAUCUGGCGGGUUCUGAAAGACUAAAGCGGACUGGUGCUACUGGUGACAGAGCUAAAGAAGGCAUAAGUAUUAACUGCGGAUUGUUGUCACUUGGCAAUGUUAUAUGUGCAUUGGGCAAAGGUGCCGGGAAAGUGACUCACGUUCCAUAUCGAGAUUCAAAACUAACUAGGCUUUUACAAGACUCACUUGGCGGUAACAGUCAAACUCUAAUGAUAGCCUGUGUGAGCCCAUCUGACUGUGAUUUUGUUGAAACACUAAACACUUUGAAGUAUGCAAACAGGGCGAAAGAGAUAAAGAAUAAGGUGAUAGCUAAUCAAGAUAAAUCGAGCAAACUUAUUAGUGGUUUAAGGACGAGGAUUUUGGAAUUGGAAGCUGAGCUGGUGGCUAUUAAGCAAGGUAAAAUAACGAUUGGAGCGGAUGGUGUCGAGACUUUUAACGACCAAUACCAGGAAAAUAUAAUGCUUCGUGCUGAACUGGAAGAGUUGCGUAUACGGAUCAAGGCCAUGCAGGAAACUAAUGAAACUCUUAAAGCUAGAAAUGUCCAAUUAUUGUUUGAGAAGCAAAGUACUGCUUCGCUUACUGAAUCUUCAAACUUGAACGGUUUGCUUCAACUUAAGGAUGACUUGGCUGAUUUACAAACAGAAAUCACAAUAAAAGAGAGGUUGGUAAUGGAACUGGAAAGAAGUGAGCGGCGUUUGGCUGAGGUUCGUAUCAUUUAUGAAAAGAAAUUAACUGAGCUUUCCUUAAAAAUCGCUGCUACUGAAGCAGAACGUGACCGAGUUUUGAAUGAGAUGGGUUAUUCUGCAAAGUUAGACGCUGAACAUGUGAAAAGGAUUAAAGAUGAGUAUGAAAAGAAAUUGAAAGAGAUGCGAAGUGAAUUUAAGAAGCUGCAGUCUGUGGAACGUGAACAUCGGAAGAUGCGUGCUCGGCAGGUAGCUGAACAGCAACAACUUGUUCGCCUACGAAACGAGCUAAACGAUUUAAAAAAGACAAAGGUAAUAUUGCAAAAUCUAGAAACAAGUUUGUGUAGGAAAAAGGAUAACAUUAUCAAGCAACUAGAAACAAAGGAACGUCAGAGGGAGCUUUAUAUUAAGAAGACCAACGAAGAAGUGGUUCGUUUGAGGCAGUUAGCUCGGCAAGAGGUAUUUUUUGGUUGUUCCUUUUAUUUCAUAGGAUACAGCUUUGAAGAAAUACAUAUAUGUUGUUAUUACAUUUGCUCUCAUCAGAUUAUUUUCAGCAAUUGCAUUCAACUAAAUAUUUUUUCUUAUUGGCAAACGGUGAUGAAAAUGGAGGAGGAACUCGAAAGACGGUUUAGUGAGCGCUAUGCAGUAUAUGACGAGAUCCAAGAGCUGGUAUUUUUUUUUGUCAUAUCAGAAAGAGACCUGAUAGGAGAACAAAUUGACGGUCUCCAAGUAAAAGAAAAUUAUAUCCAAGACCAAAUUACUGAAUUACAGCGCGCGAUCAUUGAUGUUGAUAACGAUAAUGAUAAAGAAUCGGAGCCAAGCGAUUCUGAAAUAAAUAGCAAGAUAGAAAAUAUCAUAGGCAAAUGUGGAAAUAUUUCGGAAGCCAAAUAUCUUUUGCAGCGUUUGUUCGUGUUUAGUUUGGAAAGAGGAUUUCUUGCCGCUAAGGCACAAUCAGAUCAAAAGGAGUCUGAGGCGCGUAUACAACAGUUAGAGCAGGAGAAAGUUAUUAAUGAAUCUCUUCUAAGCCAAGUCAUCGAAGACAAGGAUAUUGUAGGAGAAGUUACCCAGGUUUUGAGUAGCUUUUUGAUCCUGAUUUCAUCGUCAGAGAAGGCUAGGCAGAGGACAGCGACAACAGACGAACUUCUUUAUUCUAAGGAAAAUAAACUUUCUGAGCCUUUGGAAAGCAUACCUGAAGGGAACCGGACACGGAGCAAUACUCCUGAAGAAGAAUUAUCGACGUCUACACCAUCAACUCCUCGUUCGAGCAAAAAGUUUGCUGUCUUCAGUGUUAAUUUUUCAUCUUCUUUUUACAUGAGAGACACUAGCAAACUAUAUUGGCUACUUUCCACCUCAUCCGUUUUCUCUUUACAAAACGCCAUCAUUGGUUCCCUCGAAAAGGUUGGUAGAAUAUUAACAUAUACGCCACGAACGGCUACUGGACAGCGCGACAAAACUGCAGCUACUCGGCUUCUCACUCGUACUCAUACUCUCGAUGGGCAUACUAAAUCUGUUCUUUCUCUUGCUGCAGACGAGACAAAACUUUUGACUGGAUCGAAAGACCGUUUGGUUAAACUCUGGGAUCUGGAACGCGGUGUGGAGAAGUGCACGCUCGGAUUGCACCCAAACAAUGUUCUUGCUGUCAAAUUCAUUCCGGGUACAGACUUGGCGCUUAGCGUUUCUAUGUCAACAGUACGUUUAUGGGAUCUGCGGAUGGAGAGAUGUAUCCGCAUACUGUUGUCAUCUGGCCUUGCUGUUGACGCUGACUCGAUUCCGUCGAAUACGUCUCGACAGAAUACUGUGCCCAUUUCGGAGACAGUAAUUACUGCUGCAGACUUAGAUCCUACCGGAAGGUUGUUAUUUACUACUUUUGCUGGAGAUGUCCGUAUAUGGGACUUGGAAAAAGUUGCUGCUUACGGUCGUUUAAUCUCAGCUCCACACAGUCCUCGCUCUGAAGUUUCUUGUCUGGCUGUUACGAAUGACCGACCACCUGUAGUUUUUACUGGUUCAAGAGACCACUACGUCAAGAUGUAUGAAGUAACAGCGCCUAACGGAGAGGGAAUGUAUGAAGCUUGUGCCGAAUUUGUGCCUCCUCAUUAUGAUAACGUUACGUGUAUCUUACCCUAUGGGGAUUCUGUGUUUACAGCAUCAAAGGACACGAACAUUAUGAGGUUUUCUCUUCGAGAUCUGAAACGAGAUCAUCUUGAACUAAAAGCGCAUAAUAAAUGGAUACUUGGUAUGUGCUUACUUGAAGGGGACGCCCCGAUUUUAGCUUCUGUUUGUAAAGGCGGCGCAGUUAAACUUUGGGAUAUCACCACAACAAGGAAGAUCAGGCUAAUUGAAGAGAUCAGCCAAGCGCAUGCGGAAGCGAUAAAUUGUAUAACCACAAACUCCCGAGUUGUGUUUACAGCUUCCAAUGAUUCUACUGUUGGCUUCUGGCAUUUAUCGCGAGAUGCAUCAUAA